UACCACCAAAAAAUAUCACCAUGUUUGUGAACAAAUUCCAUUUUUAUUCUGGUAUUUUAUUUUUCUUCCUUUCAAUUUUCACAACGAUCUUCAGCACUACUACUACCUCAUAUUUACAUAUUUAUCAGAAUGUUAACGAGGAAAUUGGAGAAGGGGUCCCACUUGUUGCCGAAGCACCUGAGGAAAUAGGAGAAGGGAUUCCACUUGUUGCCGAUGCACCUGACUUGAGCUCUGAACCUCCGAGCUGCAUAAACAAGUGUGAGACAUGUAAUCCAUGUGAACCAACUCUAGUGAUUCUUGCUCCUGUGUCUUCACCUUCAGUAUUUGAUCGCUCAGUAUCUGCACCUCCUACAGAGAUGCCAGAGCAGCCACACUCAUAUCCAAAUGCUUGGAGAUGCAAGUGCGGGGACAAGUUAUAUCCAGCAGAAAAUUAAUUUUCACACCAAUUUUACACUUCAUGAUAAUAUUUAACUAUCACUAUGUUUGAUGUA